CAAGUUGUUUGUACAGCUAAAUGUUCUUGAUUGUAGUCUUUCACCGUUAAAACCCUUGCUUAAAUUCGGGAAGGCAUAAUAUGAGUCAGAAGCUUUGCUGACCAAGCGAGGACGUUUUCGCAUCCGGGCUAGCAAACAUUCUUCAGGAAAAUGGCGGAUUUCUUUAAGCUAAAGCUACCUUUCAGUAGUCAUCAUCAACCUGCAACACCAAGGUCGUUUAAGCCGAAAAAGAAUGUUAUUACCGACGACUACGAGAUAUCGAAAGAAGUUCUGGGAUUGGGCGUUAACGGCAAGGUGCUGUCGUGCCGCUCCAAGAAGAAUGGAGGUCGUUUUGCUUUGAAGGUGCUUCGAGAUGUUGCCAAGGCUCGAAGAGAAGUUGAUCUUCACUGGCGUGCCAGUUCACAUCUGAAUAUUGUCAAUAUUAUGGAUGUAUAUGAAAACAAAUACAUGGGAUCAAAAUGUCUUCUUGUAGUAAUGGAAUGUAUGGAAGGAGGUGAAUUGUUUGAGAGGAUUCAAAAGCGUGCUGAUCAAGCAUUCACUGAAAGAGAAGCUGCAAAAAUAAUGAGACAGGUGUGUGAUGCUGUGGCGCAUUUGCACAGCAUGAACAUAGCACACAGAGACUUGAAGCCUGAAAACCUUUUGUACUUGGACAAAUCUAAUGAGUCGGUUUUGAAGCUAACAGACUUUGGGUUUGCCAAAGAAGUGACGACUACACUCCAGACACCAUGUUAUACUCCAUACUAUGUUGCUCCUGAGGUACUUGGUCCUGAGAAGUAUGACACAUCAUGUGACAUGUGGUCACUUGGUGUCAUUAUGUACAUCUUGUUGUGUGGCUUUCCGCCAUUCUACAGCAAUUGUGGUGCACCAAUGUCUCCAGGAAUGAAGAAACGAAUUCGGACUGGACAGUAUGACUUUCCUAAACCGGAGUGGUCUGCUGUUUCUGAUAGUGCAAAGGAUCUUAUAAAAUCAUUACUGAAGACUGACCCAAGUCAACGGAUGAACAUUAUUCAAAUGAAAAAACAUCCAUGGAUAGCAGACUCGGUUGCUGUUCCCACAACUGCAUUAUUUUCAGCUCGGGUUUUGCAAGAAGAGAAUGAGAUGUGGCAUGAUGUUCAGGAAGAAAUGGCAUUGGCUUUAGCAACCAUGCGUGUUGAUACUGAUCAGGUAAGGACAAUUAAAACAGUGGAUGAAGCCAAAAAUCCAAUACUGGCUCGUCGUGCAAAAAAGCAACAGCAAAAAGCAUCAGAAGUUUAGUGACAGGUGUCUGUGAUUGUACAUAGUCAUCUGAUGUUGGACUUGGCAUUUUUGAACUUGUUGCACAGUGAAUGAACUGAAUUAGUGGCUUUUAUUAGAUUAUGGUUGAGGUUAAUAGGUUUUGUCUGCAUGUCAGUCAUAUAGAUAUAGAGUGGUGUCUUUUACUAUUCCCAACAGACAAACAUACACUUAAUGAAAAAACGAGGCAAACAAA